ACACCAAGUUACUUUCACUUGCGUUUCUACGAGGAGGACAUGGCGUUGUUGGAUGUGUGCGGGGACGGGGGCGACUGGACUCGGGGCUUUUUCCCUUUCGCUGCCGGGACCCAGAGCCUGGGCGUGUCUGGGGAGUGCGGGGCCGGGGCCGGGACUCUAGCGGUGCCGCUGGGGCUGGAUCCAGUGUCGUUCCUCGAGCCCUACAUGGAAGGAGAUGAGGAAGUACAGAUCCAACUGCAUCACGGAACAACUACACUGGCCUUCAUGUUUCAGCACGGUGUGAUGGUGGCGGUCGACUCCAGAGCCUCUGCAGGCUCCUAUGUCAGCACUAAGAAUUUCAAGAAGGUGAUUGAGAUUAACCCGUUCCUGCUGGGCACGAUGUCCGGCAGUGCUGCUGACUGUGUGUAUUGGGAGAGGAUGCUGGCCAAACACUGCAGGAUAUAUAAAUUACGGAACAAGAAACGUAUCUCGGUGUGCGCUGCCUCCAAGCUCCUGGCCAACAUGGUUUCUGAGUACAAAGGCAUGGGGCUGUCGAUGGGCACUAUGAUUUGUGGCUGGGACAGCAAGGGCCCUGGACUGUACUAUGUGGAUGACAGUGGCCUGCGGCUGAGUGGCAGCAUGUUCGCCACAGGAUCCGGUCAGAGUUAUGCCUACGGUGUGAUGGACAGUGGCCACAGAUACGACCUCUCCAUACAAGAGGCCUAUGACCUGGCACAGCGUGCCAUCUACCAUUCCACAUACCGUGAUGCCUACUCAGGGGGCACCGUCAACAUGUACCACAUGAGGGAAACCGGAUGGAUCAAGGUGUCCCAGGAUGAUGUUGGUGACCUGCACUAUAGGUAUAAUGCAAAGACACAGUGAGCUGUGAGUAGCAGUCAGCUAGUCACCCACAACCAAAGCACUUGAACAUGCCACUAGUGCAACAUGGCUACGGUUUCCAAUGUUUAAAAAUGGUGAAAAAUAAACAUGUUUCUAGAAACA